GGUCACUUUUGGGCAGUGCUAAUCUUGACAGCAAAAUGUUGUGGUGAGACAUUUGCCAGUUCGUGGAUUGGCUAUUUUUUGAUAUCGAUACUGCUCCGAAAAUGCCUUCUUGCAUUAAUUUUCAUUUACAUUGUGGCGCCAAUUUUUGCCUAUUUAUUUAAUAAGAAAACACCUGCGAGCAAAUUAAGCCGACCAGAACGUCGCUGGCUGAUCCUAGUAUUUUCGUUUUGGGUUGGUGCCUCGACGCACUAUAUUCUGAUCAACUGGGAUCCUGGAGUGUAUCCGCCACCUCCUAUGUACUCGCCGGCACUUGUGGCAUUGCUUUUCGAGACAUUUGCCAGUUCGUGGAUUGGCUAUUUUUUGAUAUCGAUACUGCUCCGAAAAUGCCUUCUUGCAUUAAUUUUCAUUUACAUUGUGGCGCCAAUUUUUGCCUAUUUAUUUAAUAAGAAAACACCUGCGAGCAAAUUAAGCCGACCAGAACGUCGCUGGCUGAUCCUAGUAUUUUCGUUUUGGGUUGGUGCCUCGACGCACUAUAUUCUGAUCAACUGGGAUCCUGGAGUGUAUCCGCCACCUCCUAUGUACUCGCCGGCACUUGUGGCAUUGCUUUUCGAGUUUGUGGGCCCGAAAUUGGCCAGUAAUCGUCCAAUGCUUUUGAUGAGUACGGUCGGAACGGCAUCAGUUGUAUGCUUUGCAUAUGCCUUUUUCAAUUCUUGCUUCAAUUUUACAUAUUUUUACACAUCGGUCAUUGCGAUUGCUUCGUCAUUUCACAGUAUGCAGCAACAAUUGGCUGAUCGAAGUUUAGGUCGAGGGGAUACGAGUGAGGGUAAUGUAAUGCUGCCAAUUCAGUCGAUGUACCACCAACUUGCCCUGACCAUCAUAUUCGGGCAUUAUAUCUGGAAUCGCGAUCCAAAGGCCGCUGUGCCAGAUUCACUGGAGGAACGAUACACUUUACUGAUUUACAGACUACGCUAA